AUGGACGUGGACGUGGGUGGACGUGGACGUGGACGGGACGUGGACGUGGACGUGGACGUGGACGUGGACGUGGACGUGGACGUGGACGUGGACAUGGACGUGGACGUGGACGUGGACGUGGACGUGGACGUGGACGGACGUGGACGUGGACGUGGACGUGGACGUGGACGUGGACGUGGACGUGGACGUGGACGUGGACGUGGACGUGGACGUGGACGUGGACGUGGACGUGGACGUGGACAUGGACGUGGACAUGGACGUGGACGUGGACGUGGACGUGGACGUGGACGUGGACGUGGACAUGGACGUGGACGUGGACGUGGACGUGGACAUGGACGUGGACGUGGACGUGGACGUGGACGUGGACGUGGACGUGGACAUGGACGUGGACGUGGACGCGUGACGUGGACGUGGACAUGGACGUGGACGUGGACGUGGACGUGGACGUGGACAUGGACGUGGACGUGGACGUGGACGUGGACAUGGACGUGUUGGACGUGGACGUGGACGUGGACGUGGACAUGGACGUGGACAUGGACGUGGACGUGGACAUGGACGUGGACGUGGACGUGGACGUGGACGUGGACAUGGACAUGGACGUGGACGUGGACGUGGACGUGGACGUGGACGUGGACGUGGACGUGGACGUGGACAUGGACGUGGACGUGGACGUGGACAUGGACGUGGACGUGGACGUGGACGUGGACGUGGACGUGGACGUGGACGUGGACGUGGACGUGGACGUGGACGUGGACGUGGACAUGGACGUGGACGUGGACGUGGACGUGGACGUGGACGUGGACGUGGACGUGGACGUGGACGUGGACGUGGACGUGGACGUGGACGUGGACGUGGACAUGGACGUGGACGUGGACGUGGACGUGGACGUGGACGUGGACGUGGACGUGGACGUGGACGUGGACGUGGACGUGGACGUGGACAUGGACGUGGACGUGGACGUGGACGUGGACGUGGAUGGACGUGGACGUGGACGUGGACGUGGACGUGGACGUGGACGUGGACUGGACGUGGACGUGGACAUGGACGUGGACGUGGACGUGGACGUGGACGUGGACGUGGACGUGGACGUGGACGUGGACGUGGACGUGA